AUGAGCGCAUUGUUUCCUGUCAUCUCGUCAUUAAACCCUGCAGCACCGCCCAUUGCCGCGUCAAAAGCUAGUUCGGUCUCGGUUCUGGCUACCUCGGCCACUAAGUGGGAUGCACGCCUCUCGCACGACCCCAUUCACGACAACGCCUACUACGGCAAGUGUAUGAUCGGCGGUAUUCUGUCGUGUGGCCUCACUCAUACGGGUAUCACCCCACUGGAUGUGGUAAAGUGCAACAUGCAGGUUAAUCCGGCGAAGUACAAUGGCUUGCUGCCUGGCCUAAAGACAAUCGCCUCGGAGGAGGGUGCUGGCGCUUUGUUUAAGGGUUGGGCCCCGACUGCAAUCGGGUAUUCGGCCCAGGGUAUGUGCAAGUUUGGAUUUUAUGAAUUCUUCAAGGACACGUAUAGCACAAUGGCCGGAGAGGAGAAUGCUUACAAGUACCGUGGUGCUAUCUAUUUGGCUGGUUCCGCCUCGGCUGAAUUCUUCGCUGACAUGGCUCUCUGCCCAAUGGAAAUGGUUAAGGUAAAGGUACAGACCUCGCCCGCUGGCACGUUUCCCAUCGAAUUCGGUGCUGCUGUAGCCGCAAUGAAGGCCAACUCAGCUGAAACUCGCUUCCCCUUUGGCUCACUGGUGCCCCUGUGGUCGCGCCAGAUUCCCUACACGAUGGCCAAGUUCUUUUUCUUUGAAAAAGUCGUUGAGACCUUCUACACAUACGUGUUCACUGAGCCCAAAAGCUCGUACCCCAAGAGCACGCAGCUUGGUGUCACUUUUGCCUCGGGUUAUUUAGCUGGUGUUAUUUGCGCCAUUGUGUCGCACCCCGCCGACUCAGUUGUCUCUCUAAUGGGCAAGGCGGAGAAUAAGGGCAAAGGAUUUGGUCAGAUUGCUAGCGAAACCGGUCUGGUCAACCUUGCGACCAAGGGCCUGGGCACGCGUAUAAUUAUGAUCGGCACGCUGACAGGUGCUCAGUGGUGGAUUUACGACACGUUCAAGACAGUCAUGGGCAUGGGUACGAGCGGUGGUGCUGCCCCUAAGAAGAAUUAA